GUUUCUUUACUCAAAAUUGUGCUACAUUAGUGUUAGACUCUAGUUACUUAGGUUAAACAUUGUUAUUUAACAAGACUUUCAUUUAUAAAUUUGUACUUUAAUCUUUUUUUCCACAAGUUUAUUAAACUACUGCAAACAUGAGUAUUUUGUCCAGAAAUGAGUUUAGAUUUAUGUUUUACGCCGGUUGUAUAUUUAUUUGUUACUUUAUGUAUGGAAUGUUACAAGAAAAAAUCACGAGAGGUAAAUAUGAUGGCGAAAAAUUUACCUGUGCUCUCGCAUUAGUUUUGGUUCAAUGUAUGGUCAACUACCUAUUUGCAAGGGUAUUGAUGUUCUCGGGUAACCAUGAAGUUGAUAAUACUCGGAUAAUGUACUACUUCGCAUCAGCAUUUACUUAUCUGCUAGGCAUGGUCAGUUCCAACAUGGCUUUGCAAUGGGUCAAUUAUCCAACCCAAGUGGUCGGCAAGGCAGCAAAGCCAAUACCUGUAAUGGUCCUUGGAGUACUGCUUGGGCGCAAAUCCUAUCCUUUGAAGAAAUACUUUUUCAUUCUGCUUAUUGUCAUUGGAGUGGUAUUAUUCAUGUUUAAGGAACAAGCUAAGAAAGGUGGAAAUCCCCAAAGAUUUGGCAUUGGUGAGGUGCUCCUUCUGCUUUCAUUGACCAUGGAUGGAUUAACUGGUGCUGUGCAGGAAAGAAUAAAAGCUGAAUAUUCACCAUCUGGCUAUUCCAUGAUGCUUAAUACAAAUUGGUGGUCUUCAUUGAUACUGUCAAUAGGCGUGGUACUUAGCGGCGAAUUAUUCAAAUUCUUCGCUUUCGUAUCGCAGCAUCCGGAAAUUUUACUUUACAUAACCGGGCUCGCGUUAUGUGGUGCUUUGGGACAACUUUUCAUAUUCUUUAUGGUGUCGAAGUACGGUCCCUUGCCCUGCUCUGUUGUGACGACUACCCGGAAGUUCUUCACGGUUUUGGCGUCUGUGAUUGUAUUUGGAAACGUCCUGAUGAUGCGUCAAUGGAUUGGCGCCAUUUUGGUCUUCAGUGGUUUAUUCUUAGACAUUAUCUACAGUAAAGGUAAGGGCCAACCACCCAAACGAGUUGCUGAGAGGCGUCAGAGUCAUUAGAAUAUUUUAUAUUUCUAUGCUAAGAUGAAUGUUUUAACAACCUAUUUGUUAAUAAUAAAUGAAUGUCUAAAUUUCUUUGAAAAACUGCGUAAUAUUUCAAUGGUUAUUUAUAUAGUGCACUUGUCUAUAUUCCUUGUGGUAAACUGAAAAUAUUCAUGGCAUUUAUAAAUAUUUAAUUUUUAUUACGGUACAAUAUUGAGUGCAUAUCGAAAAGAUUCCGGUAAGGUUAGCACGACAGCGACUAGCGCGAGAGCGACAAUAAGCUCGUCAUACUGUACCGGGUUCGAUUCCCUAGUUUUAUUUUCCCUAUGAGGGUAGAAAAUCAAACGAGAAAUUCCGAUAAUUGAAUUAAUUAUAAUAAAAAUAAAUAAAUUACAAUUUCAAAUAAAAAAUGGCGGUACAUGAAUUUAUUAAGGGUCGUGGUAAUGUGCCUUAAGACUUUAGGUUUUCCGCUGCCGAGUAUGGUACUCUGGUUCAAAUCUAAUUGUAUAUAUAUAUGGUACCAUACAAAACAUGAAAUUAGCAAAUAAAAGCGUUACAAGUGUUUUCUUUUUGUGUAUCAUUCAACUUACCCUAAACCGAUAACUUUCACUUUCACAACUAUUGAAGUACGUUUAAUGUGAUUGGGAAGCAAUAAUCUUUGAUUUACAGUAACAUUUUUCAUAUUUAAAAAUACAUUAACGGUUUUUUAUAUCGUGAGCGCGGCCAAGGCGAGUGUGGACUAGCCCUGAAGACGUUCUCACGCUGUCUGUCAGAGCCGGAGCCGGUUUCGGUUUACCGCAUUUUCCCACUCUGCAUCAUUCGAAAAUGCAACGUAAAUAUAGCCAUAGAUUUAACCAAUUUUGUCUAUGGUAAAUCAUGGUUUUAAUCAAUUAUUAUUUAAAAAUAGGACAUAUUUGUUGAAGACAAUAGUUGUGUUGAAUUUUUAAUACUGUUAAAUUUGAAAAACGAUUUAUUCUAACAACGUUGUAACGUUUCGUUACAAUACUGCCAAUCUCAUAUAGAGAUCACGUGCUUUAUGUCCUUAUCGCGCAAUUCGCGCUUUAUGUCGCUAUCGCUCAUUUCGCGCCUUGUCGUGCCAGCCCUAAUGGGAUUUCAUAAGGAUUCCGUCAAACUUUUGUACUAAAAAAGUCAAAACAAAAAUAUCUUCUAUUUUAUAAAAUAUAUAAAUAUUUUACAAUAAAUGAUACAUGUAA